CCACAAAUCAAAAGCCCCUAAAAGAAAACAAAGAGAAGAAAGAAUUUGUGUGUGUGUGAGAGAGAAACUUUGUGAGAUCGACCCCCAAAAUUAUCCCCCCAUAAAAAAAAAACACUAAAAAUUGAUUGUGAUGAUGAUGAUGAUGAUGAGAAGAAGAAAUCUUGAGUUUUACUCCUCAAACAAAACCCUAAUUCCCAAACUCUUUUUCCUUCUCUUUUUCCUUCUCUUUUUCUCUUCUUCUUCUUCUUCUUAUGCCUUCCCUAUUAGAUCUCAUCUCAUCAUUUAUGCAGGUUGUUCCAAUGAAAAAUACCAACCCAAUUCCCAAUUUGAAUCAAAUUUUAAUUCUUUACUUUCAUCAAUUGCUUCUUCCUCUUCUCAAAUGACUUACAAUUCCUUUGCUAUUGGAAAUGAUUCCUCAAAUACUAUUCAACUUGAAGGAGCAAUUUUUGGGCUCUAUCAAUGUAGAGGAGACUUAGCUACAAUUGAUUGCUCAAAAUGCAUACGUAAUGGCGUUAGUCAAAUUCAUUUGGCUUGCCCUUUUUCUUAUGGAGCAACCCUACAAUUCGAGGGUUGUUAUGUCAGAUAUGAGCACUUUGAUUUCUUGGGGAAGUUGGAUACUAGUGUGAAGUUCAAGAAGUGUAGUGCGAGCUCAAGUAACGACAUCGAGUUCUUUCGAAGACGGGAUGACGUGCUCGCUGAUAUGCAAGCCGGGGCAGGGGCUGGGAAUGGAUUUAGGGUUAGUAGUUCAGGGUUGGUUCAAGGUUUUGCUCAAUGUUUAGGAGAUUUGAGUUCACAAGAUUGUUCAUCUUGUCUUGCUGAUUGUGUUGGAAAGUUGAAAAGUUUGUGUGGAUCAGCUGCAGCUGCUGAUGUGUUCAUGGGACAGUGUUAUGCUCGCUAUUGGGCGUCUGGCUUCUACCCUAAUUCUUCUGUUUCUCCAAGUGAUGACCAAGCGGGUAAAACGGUCGCGAUCAUCAUCGGCGUCGUUGCCGCUCUCGCCAUCCUUGUUGUUCUCCUUUCAGUUUGCAGAAGAGCCAUGGGCUGAGAGGGAAAAGAGAGAGAAUUGUGCUCUUUCUGCUUUAAUGCUAAUGGAGAAUAUAUGAUGGAAGAGAAAUGAAAGUUUCCCACAAAAAUAUUGUUUGUUAAAGAAAUAUUCUUAGUGAUGACACUCUCUUAUCUUCAACACACCCUUUUUUGGGUCUCAAUUUUUAAAAUAUUUCAUAUUCUACAAUUAUUGAAAUUAAAAAUUGCAAGUGGAGAGCUAUGCUAUUUUUCUA